CACUUAAGACUACAGAAGGAGCAACAGGAAGCAACGCACGACGAACACGACGGCUGAACAGAGAGCUUCUCCGGCGACGAAGACCGCAAAGCACGACCUCCACCUCCACCUCCACUUACUCCCUUGCUCACAGGAAUGGUGGGUUUAUCUCUUGGAGAACAACAUUUCAUCCAAGGAGGUGUUGCUCAAGACCUUCGUAGUGAUGGUAGAAAGAGAUUGAGUUAUCGACCAAUCUAUGUUGAAACCGGAGUCAUUCCUCAGGGGGCAGAUGGUUCAGCUAGAGUCAGAAUGGGUGGGACAGAUGUCAUUGCCAGUUUGAAGGCUGAACUUGGAAAGCCUAGCUUAUUGCAACCUGACAAAGGGAAAGUCUCUAUACAUGUUGAUUGCAGUUCGACUGCAGAGCCAGCUUUUGAGGGUAGAGGGGGUGAUGAGUUGUCGGCAGAAUUGUCAAUUGCUCUUCAACGCUGUCUCUUGGGUGGUAAAAGUGGAGCAGGUGCUGGAAUUGAUCUCUCCUCACUUAUUGUUAUCAAAGGAAAAAUUUGUUGGGAUCUGUACAUUGAUGGGCUUCUUGUUAGUUCAGAUGGAAAUUUGUUGGAUGCCCUAGGCGCUGCCAUUAAGGCUGCUUUGAGCAAUACGGGUAUUCCAAAAGUUCAAGUUGCUGCUGGUUCUUCAAGUGAUGAGCAACCAGAAGUUGAAGUGAGUGAUGAGGAGUUUCUGCAAUUUGACACAUCUGGAGUCCCUGUCAUAGUUACACUGACCAAGGUUGGGAGGCACUAUAUUGUGGAUGCCACAUCAGAAGAAGAAUCGCAAAUGAGCUGUGCUGUUUCUCUCUCUGUCAAUAGGCAAGGGCACAUCUGUGGUGUAAUCAAACGAGGAGGUGCGGGUCUGGAUCCAAGUGUCAUUCUUGAUAUGAUAUCUGUUGCUAAGCAUGUGAACGAGCAGUUAACAAACAAAUUGGAUUCAGAAAUAGCUUCUGCUGAAGCUGAAGAUGAGUCAUGACAUAGAACAUAGUGAUAACUAGGAUGCAUUGUACACAUUAAUUGAUUAGUGGUUGACAUGGACAAAAUUCUGUAAUUUGAUAACAACUAGGCAUUAAAUGUAUGUCAGAAAUUCUUGUCUUUUGAGUAUCGUAGACCUGACUUUAGCUUUGAGAUGGCUGUUUGAUGUCAUGCAAGAUUUUAAGUUGCGGACUGAUGUUGUUGAGAUAUAUAAAACUAUUAAU